CAAAGCACGAGAGGGGUCUCAAAAGACCAAGGAGACUGCUGACUCAGCAGCUGAAAGAGCCCACGAAACAAAAGAUUCAGAUUCGGUUAGGGGAAAUGAAGCGAAGGGGACUAUAUUUGGUGCAAUAGGGAAUGUGACAGAGGCUAUAAAGAGCAAACUGACUAUGCCGUCAGACAUUGUAGAGGAAACACGUGAUCGUGGAAGCACGGGGAGGACGGUGGUUGAGGUCACAGUUGAAGAUACAAAACCUGGCAAGGUAGCGGCUACUCUGAAGGCGUCUGAUCGGAUGACCAGUCCGACAUUCAACGAAAUCGAAGUUGAAGAUACAAAACCUGGUAAGGUGGCGGCUACCCUGAAGGCUUCGGAUCAGAUGACCGGUCAAACAUUCAACGACGUUGGACGGAUGGAUUAUUAGUUUCGGAAUAACAGCUUUUGGGCCUGUGUCGGGCCUUUAAAAAUAUACUUUUAGGGCCUUUGUUUUGGAUGGAUAUGAUGUAGCAAAUAUAGUUUGCUGAUAUGGAAGUGAAUCUUUCGUUACGACUUUUAAGAGGAUUAGCUGUCAUGUUGAACAACUCGAGUCAACAAUUACGACAUAGUCUUUCUAUUUUUAGCUUAACCAAACAAAUGGUUGCCUUAAAGUUUGGGUUACAGAUUUCUUGAUACCGUAACCGGACAUAAGAUCACAACACGCCACUACUCAGUGACAU